AACCGGGCUCGUGUCCCGCUACUACGGUUCAGUGUUAUGUUUGUGAAAAUUACGGUCAUUUUGCUAGAAUGUGCAAGUUAAAAAAAAGUGUUAAAAAAAUGCACGAGAUCGGCGUGGACGACGAGAAGUCUACGGACAGCGACUGUGAGCCAUUUUUUGUUUCUUCUGUUUAUAAUAUUAAUGAAAUUAACUCGUCUCACAACUGGUUUGAGAUACUUCGAGGCGAGCAUGGUUUUGAGAAGUUUAAAUUGGAUACGGGAGCAGAUAUAAAUGUCUUAUCCCUUAAACGUUAUCUGUCACUAGGUUAUGAUAUAAACAGUAUUUGUACGGAUUCAAAUAUUAUACUCCAAGCAUAUGGAGGUAAUUCGAUUCCUAUAAGGGGAACUUCAAUUUUACAGUGGUGGUAUAAGAAUGUUCUCUAUGAAUUAAAAUUCGCUAUCGCUGAUAUCGAUUGUCAAAGUGUGCUAGGAUAUGAAUCGUGUGAAACCUUGGGGUUGAUAAAGAGGAUUCACAGCGUUACAAUGUCUAAUAAUGAUGGCAAGAGCGAAAGAGCCGUACAAACUCUUAAAAAAAUGUUAACAAAAACAAUAGAUUGGCGAUUUUAUUUAAAUUUAUUGAGUUACAACAUAAUAAUUUGA